AUGGAUACGGCAGUAUCCAAUCUACCGUUAGCCAUGGGACAAGGCGAGCGGCAGGGAAUCCACCCGUUCUUCCAGCAAGAGUUUACAGUACCAGAGAAACCUAUCGUGCCCAAUGUCUCAAGCAAUCCAGUUGAAAUGAGCUCCGACCAACUCACUCUGGCUUCAGUUCCAAGUCAGCAGCCCGAAGGAGAGCGACAGGGCAAGCUGCCAACCUCUUCCAACCUAUCGAAUUCUUCGAAGGAACGACAAGAUCCAAGUUCUCCAAGCCCGGAGGACGAUCCCAACGCCGGUCGGAGAAAGCGAAGAAAGAUCGACAAGACAAAAAUGGCAGAGCAAGAGGCCUCUCUUCAGGCUGGCCUCUCUGGAUGGCUAGGGAAGGACAUACCAGCGUCAGUAGGACCGCCUGUUCCUACAUUAAAUUCCGGUACAAUUGGCCUGCCGACCCCCGGGUGGGAGAGCACUCGGAAUCAAGCCACCAGUGAAGUGACAACUUCAACCGAUCUGGUAGCAACGAACAAUACCUAUGAUCUAAAUCGGAAAACUCUCAAGCUCAACCCGAAUGGAAGAUUGCUAAGCUCGCCUCCCCCCAACCCCCAUGGAACUAGCGACCAGACCAGGAAAGCCCCUAAGCGUGGUAGGCCACGGAAAACUCCAAGCAAACUGGUUGUCAUUAAGUACACCUUGGAGCAAGAAAGGAAUGUUGGCCAGUUGAUCAAUGACAUUUUGAGCGGGAAGCACGUUUUUAGGGUGCCUGCAGUAUUACCGAAGUCUGCCGCGCCCCCCAAUAUCAACGCCAACAAGCCAACACACCCAUUCUUUUCGAAAAAACCACCUCAGAAAAAAACCGGCAACAUUAUACAGUCCACCCCAAAAGCAGAUCUCCAGGCGCCUCUUAAAUCCAACAUCCCAUCAACGCGCGAACAAAAGAGCUUUGCAGCCUCAUGCUCACCAUUUGGUCGUCCGAAGCCCAAGUUCCCGGAACCUAUACAUCCAUUAUGGCCUCCACAAGAUCUUUUUCACAUUAAAUAUACCACACCACUCUCAAAUAUCUCGAUUUUCGCACCCAAUUAUUGCCAAAAUGAUUACAAGAAAGCCAAAUUACCAAGCAUUGGAGUCAAGGAUGAUGAAAAUGCCCUUCUUGUGAGUACUGCACUGGCACGAAAAUCCGCGCAGAAGAGUUUAAGCGAGAAUCCCGAUCAUCGUCCUACCCUACGACUUCCAGGUCGAUAUAACGCGAGCGGGAAAGUUCUGCAAAGGGCGAUUGACAGCCAAAUGUCUUGGUCUCUUCCCAACCAACGCCCCACGGCGGUUUCACCGUCUAUAUCCAAACUUCGGUCCAACUUGCUGAACUCAUUUUCCGCAUUUGACUCCGGAAAAUACGAAACUCAUCUCUGGUCACAAAAAUAUGCACCAAAAUCAGCCGAAGACGUUUUGCAGGUUGGACGUGAGCCCCAAGUGCUACGAGAUUGGCUUCGCCAUCUCAAGAUCACAGCGGUCGACACAGGAAAAACUUCCCAAGAAAGCAAAAAGUCAAAGACAAAACGCGAAAAUAAAAAGAAGAAGCGCCAAAAAGCAGAAAAGCUUGAUGGAUUCAUUGUCUCUAGCGAAGAGGAGGCAUCGGAAAUGGACAAUCUCCCUGGCUCGGAUGAUGAGUUGGCUGGCGAUGUGACUGUUUCCGCCCAACGGACUGUCGUGCGAUCUGGAGAUAUGGGUCUUUGCUCCCAGCAUGGCGCUGACAAGGGACAGCUAGUCAACGCCAUCCUUUUGAGUGGCCCAUCUGGGUGUGGCAAAACCGCCUCAGUAUAUGCGGUUGCCAAAGAGCUUGACUUUGAGGUAUUUGAGAUCAACCCUGGUACUCGCCGAAGUGCCAGAGACAUGCUCGAGAAGGUUGGUGACAUGACACAAAACCAUCUCGUUCAUCUUCUUAACGAAGGCGACGAGUCCUCUGUCAAGGCACGAAAUGCCGCCACAGACGAACCCAAGCAAAACAAGUUGAACGGCUUUUUCAAAGGCAAUCCUUUGAAACCAGCACAAACGACUGAUGAAAGAGCCACUCCUACCAAUAAUCCUGAGAAUGACUCGAAACGUCCUCGGGAACAAAAGCAAUCUUUGAUUCUUCUAGAGGAAGCUGACAUUCUCUUUGACGAAGACAGACAAUUUUGGACUGGAGUCUUCACCCUUAUCAGUCAGUCUCGCCGUCCAAUCAUCAUUACAUGCAAUGAUGAGAGCCUCGUCCCUAUCCAAGACAUGUCACUGCACGCCAUAUUACGCUACCAGAGACCACCUCCAGACCUUGUCCUCGACUAUCUGCUUCUCGUCGCUGCCAAUGAGGGACAUGCUCUGAAGAGGGAUUCCGUGAGCAAGCUUUACAAUGGAGCUGGCCAUGAUAUCCGACGGGCGCUCAUGGAUCUCAAUUUCUGGUGUCAGAUUGGCGUUGGUAGUGAAAAGGCGGGACUUGACUGGAUACUGCCAUUCUGGCCACCAGAGAAAAACGUUGACAAAGAUGGCGAUCGCCUUCGAGUGCUGAGUCUUAACACUUACGAAUCCUACAUGGGUUGGUUCAAUCGAGAUCUCUUUCUCACUGAAUCUCCUCUGGAACGGGAGACUGAGGCUCUACGAAAUUCGUCUCAUUGGUGGCGACUCAACUUACAAGAGCUAGAAGAUGUCAGUGGGUUUAAUCACGCGGAGCUGUUGUCUUCUGACGAAUUUGCCUCCAAGUCUAAGCUAGAGCAACUUGAGUUGCUAAGUCAUGAAGCGGAAUACUCGGAGAUGAGAAGCUCCCUUGAUAUUCUUUGCUCUGGAUGUCCUUUCGACGUGGCCAAAGAUAUUCUUGAUGUCAGCUCUCCUCCAAUGCUCGAAUCGCAUCGAUCAAACUACGUCGACGCUCACCCUCUACUUCAAUCCGAUUUAUUACCUGAAUAUUCCUCAUUGAGUGAGAAUAUUAGCAUGACAUCUGCCGCAUUGAUCUCACGUACUUUCCGUCCCACUGAUGACGAUAUUGAAUCGGUCUACACAACUCGAAUUUCCAACGGUUGGGGCCAGUUAGCGGCAAGACGACAGAUUUACCCAUCUACCAAGCCUGGGUUUCAGAAAGUUUUUGGACCCAUAAUGCGGGCCCGCCACAACACAUCAACAGGUCGCCUAGCACCUUCAUUCGAACAUGGCCUUUCCACAAUCACCGAGGAUCUUGCGCCAUAUAUCCGUGGCAUAAUGGUAUUUGACUGCCGUUUAAAAGUAUACCGUGAUAACCUUCACGCAGUGUGGGCUCAGGAGCAAGGACAAGGAGAAGUUCGUGCGCGAACAACCCGUGCUAGCCGAGCCGCGCUUGAAGGAAGUGACAAGGCCUUUACUCGGAGGGAAAGAUGGUUUCCGGAAGACACCAAUUAUUUCAGUGUUCAAGGUACUGGCAAGUCCGAUUGGCAGCAGGCUUUGUUCCAGAUGGGUUAUUUCCAUGUGCAACCUGCAGUGCAGGUUGCCAAUGACGGGGAUCAUGAGCGCUCGGCUGGGAUAUAG